GUACAUGGUGCGGGUCCGAGCAGUGGUGAUGGCCCGAGAUGACUCCACUGGGGGCUGGCUGCCUGUGGGGGGCGGGGGCCUCAGCCAGGUGAGCGUAUGUCAGGUCCGAGGGGCCAGGCCCGAGGGGGGGGCCCACCAGGGGCACUACGUCAUCCACGGGGAGCGUCUCCGGGACCAGAAAAUCACUUUGGAGUGUGUCCUGAAACCAGGCUUGAUUUACAACAAGGUGAACCCCAUCUUCCACCACUGGAGCCUGGGGGACUGCAAGUUUGGACUGACAUUCCAGAGUCCUGCCGAGGCUGAUGAGUUCCAGAAGAAUCUGCUGGCUGUACUGGCCACACUGGGUCAAGGCUCGCUCACUCCCUCUUCCUCCUCCUCCUCUUCCUCCUCCUCCCCUUCCCAGGACACAGCUGAGACCCCCUGCCCCCUGACGUCCCACGUGGACAGUGACUCCUCCAGUCACAGCCGCCAAGAGACGCCUCCCGCCGCUGGGGCAGCCACCAUCAGCACCUCGGAGUCAGCUUCUGCCUUUGGGACGGCCACACCCCCUCAACUCCGCUGCUCCUUGGCUCAGAGUUACCCGCCACUCGUACCUUUCACUGGGAUUCCAGAAUCUUCAGAGCCCCUGGCCGGCCCUGGGGGCCCAGGCUGGGCUGGUCGAGGCUACGAGGAUUACCGGCGCGCUGGUCCACCCCCGCCCCUCGCCCUGUCCACCUGUGUGGUGCGCUUUGCCAAGACCGGCACCUUGCGGGGUGCAGCCCUUGGGCCCUCCACUGCCCUCCCGGCCGCUCUAACCGAGGCUUCGCCUCCAGCGCCCCCAGCACGCCCACCCCCAGGUCUGGGCCCUGCACCUGCACCUGCCAAGGCCUCGCCAGAGGCAGAUGAGGCUGCGCGCUGCGUGCAUUGCCGGGCGCUCUUCCGCCGCCGUGCGGAUGGCCGUGGGGGCCGCUGUGCUGAGGCUCCAGACCCAGGUCGCCUCCUGGUGCGUCGUCUCAGCUGCCUCUGGUGUGCCGAGAGCUUGCUCUACCACUGUCUGUCGGACGCCGAGGGCGACUUCUCGGACCCGUGCGCCUGUGAACCAGGCCACCCGCGCCCCGCUGCACGAUGGGCCGCGCUGGCUGCCCUGUCGCUCGCUGUGCCCUGCCUCUGCUGUUAUGCACCGCUCCGCGCAUGCCACUGGGUCGCCACACGGUACGGCUGUGCCGGCUGCGGGGGUCGCCACGAGGAAGCUGCGCGGUGAGGACGGCAUGGUGGGUCCCCUGUAGCCGGACUGAGGACCCAAAGUUGAGAGGGUCCUGAACACCCGACUUCAUGUGGACCCAAAACCCAA